GGUAUUUCUCCGCGUUGUGUGGAGAGAAGAUGGCGGCGCGUGGCGGUUUUCAGCAAGCGGCAUCUGGAGGCGGAGGAGGCGGCGGAGGUGGCGGGAUGGGGCCAGGACCUCCGGUACCGGGUGCUGGAGGACCGGGCAUGGCUCCUGGAACUCCUGCAGGAAGGAUGGGACCCGCGGGGCCGCAGAAUCCAAUGUAUCGUUCUCCGAUGCCUGGGCCUGGAUACCCGAGACCCGGGAUGCCCCCAGCAAACCGGAUGACCCCUCAAGGCCCACCCAUGGGUCCUCCAGGCUACAGCUCUAGUCCAGUGCCUCGCCCUGGAAUGCCAGUCAUGGAUCCUUCUCGCAAGAGGCCUCCGCCACCUCAGCUCCCACAGCAGGUCCAGCAACAACAGAACCGCAACCAACAUGCCAAGAAGAAGAAGAUGGCUGAUAAAAUUCUACCUCAGAGAAUCAGAGAGCUAGUCCCCGAGUCUCAGGCUUACAUGGAUCUGCUGGCCUUUGAGAGGAAGCUGGAUCAAACCAUCAUGCGCAAGAGACUCGAUAUCCAGGAGGCACUGAAGAGGCCCAUCAAGCAAAAACGAAAGCUGCGAAUUUUUAUCUCUAACACUUUCAACCCUGCCAAGCCUGAUGCCGAGGACGGCGAGGGAACCGUAGCAUCAUGGGAGCUGCGAGUGGAAGGACGGCUGCUCGAGGACACUGCUGUAUCUAAAUACGAGGCCACCAAGCAGAAGAGGAAGUUCUCCUCUUUCUUCAAGUCUUUAGUGAUCGAAUUGGACAAAGACCUGUACGGGCCUGACAAUCAUCUGGUCGAGUGGCACAGAACACCCACUACUCAGGAGACUGACGGCUUUCAGGUGAAAAGGCCUGGAGACGUGGGAGUGCGCUGUACUGUCCUCCUCAUGCUCGACUACCAGCCUCCUCAGUUUAAACUGGACCCCAGACUGGCACGCAUGCUGGGCAUCCAUACCCAGACCAGACCGGUCAUCAUCCAGGCUCUGUGGCAGUACGUGAAGACUCACAAACUGCAGGACCCACAUGAGCGCGAGUUCAUCAACUGCGACAAAUACCUCCAGCAGAUCUUCGAGACUCAGCGGAUGAAGUUUUCUGAGAUUCCUCAGCGUCUGCACGCCCUGCUGAUGCCUCCCGAGCCGAUCAUCAUUAAUCAUGUCAUAAGCGUGGACCCGAAUGACCAGAAGAAGACCGCUUGCUAUGAUAUCGACGUCGAAGUCGAUGAUACGCUCAAGACCCAGAUGAACUCUUUUCUGCUGUCCACUGCCAGUCAGCAGGAGAUUGCAGGCUUGGAUAACAAGAUUCAUGAGACCAUUGAGACCAUCAAUCAGCUGAAGACCCAGAGGGAGUUCAUGCUGAGCUUUGCCCGUGAUCCGCAGGGCUUCAUCAAUGACUGGCUGCAGUCCCAGUGCAGGGACCUCAAGACCAUGACCGAUGUGGUUGGAAACCCAGAAGAAGAGAGAAGAGCCGAGUUCUAUUUCCAGCCAUGGGCUCAAGAGGCUGUGUGUCGCUACUUCUACUCCAAGGUCCAGCAGAGGAGACAGGAGCUGGAGCAAGCACUGGGCAUCAGGAACACAUAAGCAGGAACGGAUACCUAAGGGAACAGAAGAGGCUGAUCUCUUGCCGUCUCGGGUUCCUUAUCAAUGACACUAAACUACAGUUUGUUUAACCACACUCCUGCUGUGGCUGGUAGGAGACACGACGUUCAGUGUUCCUCCUCCUUAAACCAGAAAGCUCUCACCUCUUUGGUUUCCCAGAAAACCGAAGCGUCUCGUCUCCUCCUCCUUCUCUUUUGUGCCCUCUCGUUAUCCAGGAGAGGAUUAAUAGAUGCUUCUGCCUUUUCUUUUUUUUUCUUCCUUUUUUUUUUUUUUUUUUUUAAGACUUAUUCCAGCUAGACUCAGAUGUUGUUACUGCAGUGGCUGUGAUAUGAAAACUCUUUCAGCCCAAUUCUUUCUAGGCUACUAAUAGAAAUCGAUGAGCUUCACUGGUAUUUAGUUACUCUGAUAGAAUGCAUGUAAAACUCCCUAAAGGCUGAGCGCGUUUAGCCGCCGAAGGAGACGAUUUGCCGGACAUGAUACUUUUUCAUAACAUGCAAUAGUGACUAGAGUAAGUGCGGUCUUGUUUCGGAGAAGUCCUUGUUGUCCAAAAUGGCUGCCUCGUGACGUUACAGCAUCCAGAUACAAUUUUGUAUGUUUUUAAACUACACUGGCAAGAUCACUGACGAACUGGAUGCGUGAAAGAAAGAUUUUUGAGAUGGCUCUCGAUUACUUUAGCCUCCAGCUCAAAAAAAAAAAUGUUUUUUUAACAUAAGUUAUUUAUGUAACUAGCUCAAUAAUUGGACAGAAUAUUUCAGUGUCAUUUGAAUUGUUAUCACUAACUAACAAUGGCAGUGUCUCUUAAAGUGCUAAAGCAAAGCCGGUUGAUCAUGCUCGGUUCCUCAUGACCGUAUCACACAGGAGGUUUAAUAAACUGUGCUUUAUGUGACGAGUUCAACAAUAAGCUCUCAUCGUGAGAUAUUUAAACCCCCUUCUGACUGACAGUUCUCCAUUACUGUAUCAUAUCGAGUUGAUUUUAUUAUAUAUAUAUAAACAGAAAUUCCUUUCGUAAACGGGUGCUGCAUAGAUUGUAGUGGAUUCCAAACUGUGGUUGACGUAAAGGACAAAAUCCAUGAUGUGUUGUGGGGCCACUUUUUAGUUGGUUUUUUUUUUUGUUUUUCUUCUUCUUCUGCGAAAAGUAGAUAUUUGUCUUUUUGAUAUUUUAUCAUAAUACGGACUAUAUGAAUAUUAGUUAGGUUUAGAUUCUUAUUCCAGAUGUAGUGUAGUACCUCAGCUCCAACAAAGCUAGUAAGUGGUGAGCAGAUGCUUAGAACUAGUCGACUGGCUUCAAAAUCGACACGACUGUCCAUGCUCAGGUAUUUUUCUUCACCGUAAACAUCGCUCAGAAGUUCUUAACCUUCUCGCCGGCCAUGUACGCACACUUCAGUUCCGCGCGCUCUCACGCUUUCAUGAAGGACACACUAACAGCCAUGACUGUAGCAGCAGGCUUGAGUUAAGUGUUGCCAAAUGUUGAUCUGAAAGUUGAAGAAAUGGUCAUGUGAUUUAAGAUUUUCAAACUCUGAAUAUUUAACCUUGUGCAUCAAUUCAUUACGAAAAGUGUUUUCCUUCUUUUCUUCUUUUUUUUUCCUUUUAUGGACCAAAUUUGUUUGAAUGUGUCAGCCUUAUAAUAAAGAUAAACUUCUAUUAA